AUGAUCUAUAGCCGAAGAUUACGAAACCUUGCCCGAAUUAUGUCAUCAUCAUCAUCUUCAACCAGUGUUACAGCAUCAUCAACCGCAGCAGCAACAAAGAAGCCUUCAGUUCAACAACCAACAUGGUACGAGCCAAAAGACUUGUCAUCAACUAAACCGAAGUUGAAAAUUUACAACUCCUUGACCCGUACAAAGAACGAAUUUUAUCCAAUUAAGCCUGGACAUAUAACUUGGUACAGUUGUGGACCGACUGUUUAUGAUCAUUCUCACAUGGGACAUGCCAGAAACUAUGUGUCAACCGAUAUCUGUAGGAGGAUUUUGCAAGACUACUUUGGAUACAAUGUCUUAUUCAUCCAGAAUGUCACUGAUAUCGACGACAAAAUUAUCAUAGCAGCUCGUCAACAACAUUUAUUUGAGGAGAAGGUCGUUAGUCAAUACAAGAACGUUAAGGAAUUGUUAGACUUGUCCAAAACAUAUUUGCAGUAUUACGUUGAAAAGAACUUACCAGAAUUCAAAGGUGAUAUGCAAAAGGAAUUUAUCGCAUGGUCUCAAUCAGUACCAAAUCUUGAAGAGAUAAAGAAGGAGAAGCCAAAAUUUCCAAUGUACGUGAAAGCUGUAGUAAGAGCACUUAAUGCUAUAAACAACAAGAACAUUUCCUACAACCACUUCUUAGACGAGAUCAAGGAUGUUGCUGUUGUAUACUUGGACAAAGAGCAUGGAGCAACAGUCACCGAACCCAACAUUUUCAAAAAGCUUCCAUUGUACUGGGAAACCAAGUUUAAUGAGGAUAUGUCAAAGCUCAAUGUUUUGCCACCAUCAGUAACUACAAGAGUGUCCGAAUAUGUCCCUGAUAUCAUUGAAUAUGUUGAUAAGAUCAUUGCUAAUGGAUAUGCCUAUAAAACCGAAGAUGGAUCAGUUUAUUUUGAUACUGUUAAGUAUGAGCAUUCAAAGCAUGAUUAUGCCAAAUUGCAGCCUUGGAACAAGGGUGAUAUGAGCUUGAUCAAUGAUGGUGAAGGGUCAUUGAGUUUGGGAAACACUAAACGCAGCCCUAGUGAUUUUGCAUUGUGGAAAGCAUCAAAGCCAGGUGAACCUGCUUGGGACUCCAAGUGGGGCAAAGGGAGACCUGGUUGGCAUAUUGAGUGCUCAGUUAUGGCAUCCGAUAUCACUGGCUCUCAAAUGGACAUACACAGUGGUGGUGUUGACUUGUGCUUCCCUCACCAUGAUAAUGAGUUAGCCCAGUCUGAAGCGUACUUUGACAACAAUCAGUGGGUCAAUUAUUUCAUGCAUAAUGGCCAUUUGCAUAUACAGGGCCAAAAAAUGUCGAAAUCAUUGAAAAACUUUAUUACUAUAAACGAUGCAUUAAAAGAUUUCAGUUCCAGACAAUUGAGGUUUGUCUUCGCAUUAUGUCCGUGGAACAAACCUUUGGACUUCAAGGAUAGCUUAAUCAGCGAGGUAAUGUCAAUCGAGUCCACGUUUAGCAAGUUCUUCACAAAUGUUCGUGCCUUAAACAAUGAGUACAAGCAUAAAGUGGGAAAUGGGGAGUACGUUUCUAAACGUAUUGGGGACAAUGAGAAAGAAUUGUACGCAAGUUUGAGACAAGCUCAGGACGACGUUGACGUUGCCUUCAACGAUAACUUGGCUAGUGGAGAUGCCAUUAAAUACUUGGUGGAGCUAGUAUCCAAGAGCAAUAACUACAUACAGUUAACGACUACAGGUAAGAGCGAGCUUCGAAUAGAAGUUUUAUUGCUGGUUGCAUCAUGGAUUCUGAAAAUUCUCAACAUCUUGGGUUUCCCAUCUAGAACAGACAAACUAGGUUGGGUAGAUGAAUCUGCUUCAGAGAGUGUAGGAUCUGCAGAAGACGUAGCAAUGCCUUAUGUAAAAGCAUUGGCGCAAUUUAGAGACCAAGUGAGAAACUUGGCUAUCGAAAAGGCCGAAUUAAAAGAGUUUUUGGCCGCAUCUGACACCAUUCGUUCAGAUUUAAUCAACCUCAAUGUCUCGCUUGAUGAUAGACCAGACGGCAAUGCUUUGGUCAAGUUUCUCAAUGAAUCAGAAAAGCAGCAAUUGCUAAGCCAACAGGAAGCUAAGGCUAAGCAGCUGGCGGAAAAGGAAGCCAAAAGGAAAGAGCAGGAAGCUUUGAAGGCGCAAAAAGAGGCGGAAAAGUUGGCCCAACUGAAGAUUCCUCCAAAUGACUUAUUUAAAAAUGACCCAUUAUACAAGGAGUUUGACGAAAUGGGAAUUCCAACCAUUGAUAAAAAUGGCGAGGAAGUCAGUAAGAGCAUGAGAAAGAAGUUAACAAAGCAGUACCAACAACAGGAGAGACUCCAUAACGAAUAUUUGAAGUCAGUAGCCGAGUCUUCUUGA